AUGUCUUCUCCAUCAGUCGCAAACUCACCACAAUGCCCAUUUCCUCAGAAUCAUACAUCAAAUCCAAGUGUUGACUAUUUUUCUUCGGUGGCGUCUCGUAAGGGAAUAUCUGACAAUACCAUUUCUAAAAUUAGCACGGAACAUAAACCACAUAUAUUAUCUUCGACGCCUAAAGAAUGCAGAUUUGAUCCUCUUCCAAGGGUAUCUAAGCAUCAAAAACCCGGUAUUCAUCUCAAGUUACCGUCCCUAAUGUUGAAGCCUCAACAAAUAUCCUUUUCUAAACACGUUAAAAACACUUCAGAGGGUUCUUCGUUUGCCUCGGAUUCGGAUUCAGCUACUUUGGUUGAUAAUACUGCUUUAAAUUUUAAUCCCUCGGUUUCUAUGAGAUCUCAGGGGGAUAACAGAUCAAUAAGUACAUUAUUCUCGGACAGUGACGAAUCAGUACCAGACAAAAAGGUAAUAGGUUCACCACUGCAUGAUGAAUGCUUUAUGUCUGCUCCAAAUGAUAACAUCUCUGAAGUUAAUACACUUAAAGGUUUAUGUGCUCCGAGCUAUCCAGAGAAUUCACAGGCGUUUGGCCAUAGAGUUAUCAAAAGUGAGCCUUUUUCUACGAACGAUGGCUCCAAUCGAACUCCUUCUACUAAAGCGAAUAUGCUCCAUACACCGUGCUCUGCCACUGAACCAAAAUUCAAUUUUCAGCGUCCGGUGUUUGGGUUUUCUACUUAUCAUCGUCAAAACAGUAGUUCGGGCUCUAUACACUCAUUUUCUUCUUCGAUCUCUCCAAUAAACUCACACUUUGGAAAACUGGACAACCAGAAUAAUAUGCGCUCUUUUGGUGCCUCUGGAUUUCAAAAUUUUGUAUCAAGUUCUGAAUCAUUGACAGGCAGGACCUCGAGAUUCAAGAAUAGAAAGAAUCCUUUGCCGGAAGGCUGCUCAUUACUUUCCAGAAGGAAGUAUGCUGAAAUGGUUGAACACUUGUCAAAACAUAACCAUGAAGGAUUACUAGUUAUUGAUGUCAGACCGUUCCAAGAGUAUUGCAAAGCCCACAUUUCUGGGGCAAUAAACAUUUGCUUACCAUCUACUUUACUAAGAAGAGCUACAUUUACUCUUGAGAAGUGCGUUCAGACGUUGGCUGUCAUUGAGAGGAAGACAUUUUCCAGCUAUUUGACAAAUAGUAACACUGAAUUGCCUCCAUGCGUGUUGUUAUACGAUGAUUUUUCUUCUACUGCAGAUGACGUGUCAAGCUCAGUUAACCAUCUCUCGCUGAAGUUUGUCAAUUGCACUAAGUGGAAAUCCUCUAUAUUUGUGCUUGAGGGCAGUCUAAGCCAGAUGGGGGACGAUUUUCCCGAACUUAUAUGCUCAGGAUCUCUUCCAUCCACAAGACAACCUGUUAAAAUAAAUAAAGAUGUACAUUAUGAGAAUUCGCCAGCAAAAAAUAAAUCUAAUAAAAUUGCGAACUUAGGAUCCGAUGAUAAUGUGCAAUCAGACUUGUCAUCGAGCUCAUCCGCUGAAUCAGGCUCUUCAUCAUACUCAAAUCCAUCAUUUGUUGCAUCAUAUAAUGGGCUAUCUGACGAUGGACUCGGGCUUUCCCAUUUCAGUUUACCGAGUACUGCUCAUGAUCCAUUUUAUCGGAUGAGACACCAGGAGGAGGAUCUAGAUUUUGAUCCUGACAGAUCUCUUCAUCUCUCGACUAAUAUACCUGAUGGUGAGAAGAAAGUUCUGCCGAAGUGGCUGCUGGAUAUUUUUGGUCCUGAUCUUGGGGCUACAAAACUAUCCAGGAAAUUUAAUAAUUUACAAAUUGAAGAAAGGCACAGGCUUAAUGAAGCAAUGACGAGAGGUAUGCAUAAAAACUCAAAGUCAGUUUCUGAUGCAGAGAUUCCGAUGGUCACCGCCGGGGUUGAGUUGGGUCGUAAAAAUAGAUACAAGGAUAUUUUCCCAUACGAACACGCCAGGGUUAAGAUACAGAAGUAUAACGGACGGGAAAAUGAUUUGGAUGAAGAGAGUUCUUACAUUAAUGCUUCAUAUUUGCAUUACCCAUCUAGUGAGUUUCAAUAUAUUGCAACUCAGGGCCCGCUAAAAGAAACUAUCGGCGAUUUCUGGAGAGUGAUUUGUGACCAUAAUGUACCACUUGUGUUUUCUCUUACGGCGGAGAGGGAAAACGAAGUGGAGAAGUGUGCACCAUACUGGGAUGAGGGAAUAUACACAUCAAAUGGUAUUCUUGUUGAGGUUCAUCUCCUUGAAGUGGAUAAUGACUUCGCUUUGUUGGGAAGUGAGAGCGGUGACUUGGUUGCCAGAAGACUUCAAAUAACAAUUGGAUCAAAACCAGCCCACGAGGUUCUUCAAAUACAUCUUCUUUCAUGGGAGGAUUAUGGAGGAAGAAUUAAUUCGGAUGAACUUCUUUCCUUAGUUUCUCUGAAAAGAUAUUUGCAAGCAGAAACAGAUACAGAAAAGUCUCCCGUUGUUGUCCAUUGCUCAGCUGGUUGUGGAAGAACGGGAUGUUUUUGCACUAUAGAUACCUGCGUUGAUCUGUUUCUCAGCGAGAAGGACAAGUGCCUUGAGUCAGCCAAUAACGAAAAAGAUCUGGUGUAUGACAUAAUAUCGAAGUUUAGAUGCCAACGUGUGUCGAUGGUUCAGAAUUUACGGCAGUACAUACUGAUAUACGAUACCAUAUUGACUUUCAAAAAGAAUCAGAUGACCAGGCUUAAUAAAGGAUCACAAAAGGGUGCGCUAACCAUGUUUAAGUGGGACAAGAGGGGUGAGGACUAUGGCAUUCUCAAUAAUUUCAUCCAUUCGUAUAAUAAAAGGAUGAAGAAAAAUAACAGCUGA